AUGGCAGCAGCUGACAUUAACCAUUACGUGUUGUGUUCGUUAAGUUUAGCAUCAUGUGCUUCAUUAGAUGGUUAUCAGUACAAACAAAAUCAGCAGGGAUUUAUUGGUAACAGUAUUCUAGGCGUGGGUGGUGGUGGUGGACAUCAUCAUCAUUCGCAACAGCAGGGAUUUAUUGGACUUCCUAGUCCCAAUAUAGGCAAUCAAAUUAAUUCAAAUCAACAUGGUUUAAUAGCACCACCAUUACCGCCUGUUUUACCUGCACCAUUGCCGCCACCAUCAUAUAGUGCACCACAUCAAUCAUCACAUAUUCAAGGACAAGCCGUACACGGUGGUUCAGCAUAUCAAGGAAUACAACAAAAUAUAGCACCAAUUGUUACAAAAGAUGUUUAUGUACAUGUUGCACCUGAAGAACCAGAAGAACAUAUUGCUCAACCAAAUUUACCACAACAACCACCACGUAAACAUUAUAGAAUUAUAUUUAUUAAAGCACCAUCCCAAUCAAGUAGAUCGGCUGCAUUAAAAUUAGCACAGGCUCAAGCACAAGUUGAAGAGAAAACUGUUAUUUAUGUUUUAACAAAGAAAACAGAUGCCGCCGAUAUACAAGCAGCAUUACAACAAAUUCCACAACCAGUACAACAUAAACCAGAAGUAUUCUUUAUUAAAUAUAAAACACAACAAGAAGCGCUACAUGCACAACAACAAAUUCAAGCACAAUAUGAUGCAUUAGGUGGAACAAGUCAAAUUACUGAUGAAGGUAUUGCACCAGUCAGUUCUGUUAUUGGAGCUCUAGGAAACGGUGGUCAUAGUCACGGACAUAUUAAUGGUAAUGGUGGUGGUGGUUUAAUAUCAGGUACUGCACCAUCUGGACCAGGUGGUCUAAUUUCACAUCAAAAUUCAGGUUAUUUACCACCACAUCGCCAUUAG